AAUCCUCCUGCUCGUUCGCUCUCAUCCCUCUGACGCCUAGGUCUCCACUCCGUCCUCUUGUCCACAUCUCAGGUUUCGUCCAUCUCUCGGACACUAUCGUGUUUGGAGAUGUCGAUGGGGGACCGUGCCACCUCCAUUCAUGAGGAAUAUUUUCAGGAACGCGGGCCGACCGUCACAUUCAGCAACUUGCACUAUAGCAUCCAGGAGAGGAAGUUCUGCCGGAAGAGUGGUCCUGAAAAACACAUUCUUAAAGAUGUUAGCGGCAUCAUGAGACCAGGCAUGAAUGCCAUCAUGGGAGCCACCGGAAGUGGAAAAACAUCGCUCCUGGAUGUCAUUGCCGGCAGAAAAGAUCCAGCUGGACUGCGCCAAGGACAGGUCUUAGUCGAUGGCAAAGUUGUCACAUCUGAACUGAGGCUUAGCUCUGCUUAUGUGGUGCAGGAUGACAUUCUGAUGGGCACUCUAAGUGUGAAAGAGAACCUUCUGUUCAGUGCCAACCUGCGCCUCAACCCAAAGCAUCACUCCAAUACUGAGAAAAACAACCGAGUAAACGCAAUCAUUAAUGACCUGGGCCUCACAGACUGCGCUGAUACCAAGAUUGGCACAGAGUUCCUGCGUGGAGUGUCUGGUGGGGAGAGGAAGAGGUGCAGCAUCGGCAUGGAGCUCAUUACUUCUCCUUCACUGCUGUUCCUGGAUGAACCAACUACUGGACUGGACUCCAACACUGCAAACUGCAUCAUUGGUCUACUGCACAAGCUGGCCAGAAGAGGGAAGACUGUGAUCUUCUCCAUCCAUCAGCCGCGCUACUCCAUCUUCAAGCAGUUCGACCACCUGACACUAAUGCACAAAGGAGAGGUCGUGUAUGCUGGAGCUGCAGAUCGAGCCUUGGACUAUUUCACAAACCUCGGAUACCAGAUUGAAGCUUUCAACAACCCAGCUGACUUCUUCAUGGACAUCACUAAUGGAGAAACAACAUCAACAGAAGAGUUGCAGACUGGAGAGAAAAGUCUAAAACCCUUGUCCGAAAAGUACCGUCAGUCCCAGCUGUACAAGAACAUGAAGGAGGAGUUGGACCACAUCAAUAAAAGCACUGAAAAUAACGGCAUAAAUAAAGAGAAGGUCGGCUACGCCACUUCUUUUCUCUAUCAGAUGCGAGUGGUGUGCGGCAGGACAGUGAGGAACAUCAUCAGGAACCCACAGACCUCCUAUGCCCAGCUGGCUCUCCAAGUCUUUUUUGCCAUUCUGGUGGGCCUCAUUUACUACCAGAUGCCCAUGACACUGCCUGAGGCUUUGCAGAACAGGAGUGGAGCGUUUUUCUUCCUCAUCAUCAACAUGGUGUUUGGGAACCUUUCUGCUGUGGAGCUUUUCAUCAACGAAAGAGCAAUCUUCAUACAUGAGAACUCCAGUGGCUACUAUCGCACCUCCGUUUACUUCCUGUCCAAAAUCUUUGCUGAUCUUCUUCCUAACCGCAUCAUUCCAAUCCUUGUGUUUUCAGCAAUUGCCUACUAUAUGAUGGGUUUGAAGCCAGCUUUUGUAAACUUCAUCUGCUUCGCGCUGAUCAUGUCUCUGGUCAGUCUGGCAGGAUGUGGCCUCGCCUUCCUCGUUUCAGCCAGUGUGUCGACAUUUGCAAUGGCUAACGUCCUCAUAGCUCUGCCCUUCGUCUUCAUGAUGGUCUUUGGUGGAUAUCUUGUCAAUCUCAAUGCCAUGUUGGACUGGCUCUCUUGGCUUAAAUGGAUCAGCAUUUUCAGAUAUGGAUUAAAUGCUGCAUUCAUCAAUGAGAUGAAAGGACAAGUGUUCUACGAUAACACCACCAUCUUCCCAGGAGAGUUGUAUUUGGUGAGCAUGGGCCUGGACUACUCUGUUUGGGGCUUCUGGCAGAACAUCGUUGCUCUACUGGGAAUCAUCAUCAUCUGCAUGGUCUUGGCCUACGUGCAGCUGCGACGGGUCAACCGCUGGAAAUGAAGGACACUCUGCUUGCAUAGCCCAGCAUCAAUUUCUGCACUCUUUCACUUUAUUUUGACAAGUGAAACAAUAAUAUAAAGGAAAAAAAUGUGUUUAUAUUGGUAACGUUUUUUGAAAUUCUAAAAUCUUCCUGUUUGUUCAAAAGCACAUGUCUGACUGGCUGAUGCUCUUUCACUGGCGCACAUGCUGUAACAUUUGACCAGGCGAUAAGCUGUCACUAAGUGCUGUUGACUUUGCUUGAGUGAGCGUCUACCGAGGGGAAAGCCAGUGUCUAAGUCCUUACAAAGCUGCUUAUAGUGAGUGAGCUAACUUUGGCCGAUGGGUAAAAAAAAAUGUAAGCAAAUUCUACAUUCCACGGGUAUUCUCAGGAUAAAGUAAAAAAGAUGGCUCAUAAAAAAAUGUUGGAGUAAUUGCAGAAAUUGUAUUUAUUAUCUUGCCAGACAUUUAUUUUAGUAUUUCGAUUAUAAUAUUAACAAAUCUGCUAACCUUUAACCUUGGAGAACCCAUGGGGUCAAAUUUGGUCCUUGGUUUUUUACUCAGUUUUUUUAUUUCAUUUUUUUAUUUUUUGGCUGCUGUUAAUUGUUGCUACCCAGAAUGAAGAGAAAAAAGUCAAAUCACAUUUAAAGCCCAGAAGAAAAUAGCUCCAGGGUGAAAAAUGUUUAUCAUACUCUUUAAGUCAGAGUAUGAGUUGGACAUCUUGUGCAAAAUCAAUAACAUUAAAGCAAAGUGUUUUCAUUGGCA